AUGACUAGGUAUUCGUUAAAUCCGGAGAAUGCGGCAAAAUCUGCCAAAGCCAGGGGUUCUCAUCUUAGAGUUCACUUUAAGAACACAAGAGAAACAGCCCAAAACAUUAAACACAUGCACCUUAGAAGAGCUGUUGCCUAUUUAAAAAAUGUCAUUGAUCAUAAAGAAUGUGUUCCAUUUAGGAGAUUCACUGGUGGAGUUGGACGAUGUGCUCAGGCAAAAGCCUGGGGAACAACACAAGGUCGUUGGCCCAAGAAGAGUGCAGAAUUUUUGUUGCAAAUGUUGAAAAAUGCAGAAAGCAAUGCUGAUUUUAAGGGCUUAGAUACUGACCAUUUGGUGAUUGAGCAUAUCCAAGUCAACAGGGCCCCAAAAAUGAGAAGGAGGACAUACAGAGCACACGGAAGAAUUAAUGCUUACAUGAGCAGUCCCUGCCACAUUGAAAUCAUAUUGGCAGAAAGAGAACAAGCCAUUGAGAAGCCAGCUGGUGAGGAGGAGAAGAAGAAAAAAGUUUCACAAAAGAAGCUGAAAAAACAGAAGAUGAUGAUGAGGGAAUAA